AUGGCGUCGACGUCGAGGUCGUCGCGCGAUUGGUUCGGCGCGCGCGGGAUCAUGCUCGCCCUCGCGUGCGCCGUGGUGUUGGCUCGGCCGAGCGCGGUGUUGGCGAGCGAUUACCACGCCGACGGCGCGCUCGCGAUCCCGUACGAGUCCAGGGCGGAGCGAGCGAUGAAGGCGAGGGUAUCGUUGGACGAGACGGCGCACACGCGGACCACGGCGCGCGGGACGAGGGUUGAGGGAGAGGACUUGGCGGCUCGCGCGCGAUUGGUGUUGAAGGAGCUGUGGCGACGACGGACGGCGGCGGCGAGAGACGCCGUGGACGUGGACGAGCGUAAGCGGGCGGAGCGUGAGUUGGAUUUGAUUGGGGACGCGAUCGAGGCCGCAAAAGGGGGGGGUGGGGGCGACGGAGGCGUCGUCGAUCGCAAGCGAUUCGCGGCGUUGGGGUACUCGGGCGAGGCGGAGGACGCGUGGGGAGGAUCUGGAGGGCUCAUGGAGUCCAUCGAGCGACGAGGCGGAAUCGUCCCAGGAGUAGGUGUUCGACGGGCUGGACCGAGUAAGCCGUCUCGAUCGGGAGAAGAGGAGGAGCUCUGGAAGUUCAUGUCCGCGCGGCGGAAGAGAGGUGGAAACGCAAAGCGUGGAUUCGCAGCCAAGGAGAGACUCGCGCCCGCCGCGCCCUGGUUCAAGCCGAAGCAACCCGAGGUGUAUUGGGACGUGGAUUUGGAGAAAAUACAACGCGCUCGAGAGUCAGUCGAGGCUAAACGUAAGGAGACGGAUGAUUUUGACUUUGAAAUCACGGAUAUGCCCAUCAAGGCGCUCGCCAACAAGAAGCACGUCGCCGCGCUCGGGGAGGCACGCGGGGCGGCGCAAACGCCGGAUGAUGACAAAGUAGAUGACAAAUUUAUUGACGCUAAACAUGAUGCGAUGGGUGAACUCCUUCGCGGUGCGCAAAAUAGCACUGAUAACACGUUCUCUGAAAAAGUUGAGGAGUGGACUCGAGCGGCGGCGAUGAGAUUACAGAACGCCACGAUGAGUGCCAAGGAGACGAUCGAAACCAUGACGAACAGGGCGAUGGAGGUCGAGCAAAAGUUAUUCAUGAAACACGUCGACGUUCGUAUGUUCGUGGACUUUGCAGAUCCUUUUUCGCUCGAGUUCAUGCUGGGAGCAUUUCAACAGCUUUCCAGUGAGCAGCUCGGCCCAGUGAAGUGGAAUAUUGUGCCUUUUGUCAACGUCGGCCAAGAGCGUAACGUAUCCGCAAAUUGUGCACAACGAGGAAACGGUCAGCACUUGAGUUGCAACGCAAACACCAUCGCGGCGUGUGCGCUGAAGCAUAUUGGUACAGUAUCUGGAGGCACGAGUGCGUUUACGUCGUGUUACGCAAUGCAACUCCUUAAGCUCGAGGCUCAGGAUGCACUUAAAAAUGGUCGGCAACAAGAUACAUUGAGCAGAGUUGAAGAAAGAUGUUGCGCGGCCGUGUCUGAUGGCGUCGUACGAUGGACGGGGAAGAUGGGACAGGCGACACAACUCGGAAGCUCAACAGAGAAUCAGUGCGCUGCGCAGAAACAGUGUGUGACGAAUGGUGCUGGCCUCGAGCUCCUUUCUUUGAACAAUGCCGAGCUCGGAAACGUCAAGCCUGAGCAUCGGUGGCUCCCAUGGGUAACCGUCGACGGGAAAGCGGUCUGUGAAAAGAAGUGCAAUUUACAGGCGUCGAUUCGGCGGAGCAUCUGUGAAGUCCGAACGCAGUUGCCCGAUGGAUGCCCAAAGUUCCCGUGGAAAGAGGCGUGGUAUGAUGAACCAGAAAUCUCUUUUGGGGGUCUCAUCGCUGCCAGUGCCGCCAUAUUGCUCGCAACAACGUCCAUAUUCGUGCUCAUGCGCGAGGCUGGGCUUCAACCUUUUGCGCUGUACAAGGAACCAAAAAACGCCGAGCAAGCGAGUCUUUUGAGCGAGCAACGUAGUGAUCGGUAG